GAGCUAUAAAACUAAAUCAAAUAUUUUUUUUUGAUGUUCUCAAUUUCAGUCGGAAUAGUGUCAUGACCAUGUCACGGUCGCCGUUAAUUCUCUUGAUGGUGUUGAUUGCAUCAUCACUCACAGUUGAUGCUCAGUCGAAGAAUCGCGACCGAUAUUUUGAUGAUUUUCGUGGGCAGAGUUUUUGCGCAUCGCGUCAACGUGGACCUCAAGGAAGUUGCUGUUCUGAUCGUAUCGAUGAAUGUUCAGUGCCAAUUGCCGGCACAUUAUGUUAUUGUGAUGAGUUUUGCGAUCAACAUAUUAACCCUGAUUGUUGUCCCGAUUACGAGCGUGUUUGUUUAGGCGCACCAGAACCAAUCGAAGCCAGAUGUGAUAUUGGCAAUGGAAUUUUAAUCAGCAGCUUUGAAGAAGCAAAAUCAAACUGCAAUUUAUGUAAAUGUCGGGCAAAUGGAGUUGCUGAUUGUGAGAAAGAUGCUUGUUUAUCUGACGAUGAUGUUAUAAACAGAGUCAAUAGAGAUUCAAGUUCUUUGGGUUGGAAAGCUUUCAACUAUUCUGAAUUUUAUGGACGUAAACUCAAGGAAGGUUUCGAAUAUCGUUUGGGAACGUUCGAACCUCGCAUUCGUGUUAAGUCAAUGAGUCGCUUAACGAAUCGUUUAGAAGAUCUUCCAAGAGAAUUUAAUUCAUUAUCUAACUGGGCUGGUUCAAUCUCUGAAAUUCGUGAUCAAGGAUGGUGUGGAUCAUCUUGGGCCGUUUCAACAGCUUCCGUUGCUUCAGAUCGUUUUGGAAUCAAGGCGAAGACCGCAGCAGAUUUGUCAGCACAACAUUUAUUGUCAUGUGUUCGUCAUCAACAAGGUUGUCAUGGUGGUCAUUUAGAUAAUGCUUGGAGAUAUCUCAAUCGUUAUGGUGUUGCUGAUGAAGAUUGCUAUGGAUAUGAAGCUGAAGUUGGAAGAUGUCGCGUGAAGAAAGGUGAUAAUCUCCAAACUUUAAUGUGUUCAAUUCCAGAAGAGCGUGCUCAUGACGGAUUCUAUAAAAUGGGCCCAGCUUACUCUUUGAAUAAUGAAACUGAUAUUAUGUGGGAAAUUUUCCAUUACGGACCGGUUCAAGCAACUAUGUGGGUAUAUCCUGACUUCUUCAACUAUAGAAGUGGAAUUUAUCGUCGUUCGAAUCAUGGAGAGAAUGCCAAAGGAUUCCAUUCAGUUCGUUUAGUUGGAUGGGGAGAAGAACGUUUCGGAUGGCAGACAACAAAGUAUUGGGUUGCUGCAAACUCUUGGGGACGUUGGUGGGGCGAAAGCGGAUUCUUCAAAAUAUUGCGUGGUGAAAACGAGUGCAACAUCGAAAAUUACGUUCUCUCAUCACUUGCUGACGUUCAUGAAGGAAAACCAAACUCGCGACAAGUUAAACGUGCCGGUAGACGCGCCAGCAGAAACUCACAAAUUAAUUAAGUACCCAACGUGAUAUGCCACGGUUCAAUGCAAAUUGAAACAAUGUUCAGUCAACAUAUUUCUUUGUUUUCAUCUUCUUUCUGCUUUUAGUUUUAAAUAUUUUCGUUUUAAAGAUGACGCAAAAUUUUUUUACCGAGAAUUAUUUUCUCUCGUUUAUGAUGAUUUCACCUUGAAAUCAACGAAGAGGAAAAUUGUUCUGAAUAAUUAUUAACAGGGGGUUGGGAUAAUCUCGAUUUAUCUUGUCAAACUCAGAUUCUAAUCAGUUUUUAAAUUCACCUUUUUUUCUUCUUCUGAUUUAUCAAUUUUUGAAUUCAUUAAUUUAUCACUGACUCGAACUUUAAAUGAUAAAUUUCGUUUACCGAUCCAUAGCAAGCUUUAACAACUCCCUGGACAUUUACAAAUGGAUCCGAAAAUUAUUUUAUUAUCUAGCACGAUAGCUUUAAGUUGAAAAUUGUUUUAUAAUUAUUGAAAUAUCUAUGUUAGGUCAUCAUUGAUUAAUGAUUUGAUGCAUAAAGUCAAAUAUUUAUUCAUAGUUUUGGUGUGUAAACAAACCAAGUUAUGAGUAAAUAUUUUGUCAUUAAAACAUCUUCUUGAUAACAUCAAGAACGAAAUCAUUAAUGAAAGCGACCAUGAAAUUAAACAACAUAAAGAAAUAAGUUAAUUAAAAUGCUUUCGAUGUUCACACAUAAAUGAUUAAACUGAAUAAUCUCUCGACGAAACAUUAACUGCCUUCGAUUUUGUUUUUCAAUUCUAACCAGCAUUCUAAUAUUGAAAUUAGUUCAAGGGUUAAAUUACCACCCACACUUUUAAUCACGCGUCCUUUAUGUGUUCAAAAAGAAAUUAAAAGAAAAAAAAUAUGAAAAGUUAUGAUCGAAGCUUUAAAGAAAAAUAAUUUUGUUUGUUUUUUUGAGGAAUGAAAUUCUGUUUGUAUUAUUAUCAAUGAUAAUCUUAAGUAUUAAUUACAAUAACUUUUCAUUAUUAUUAUUAUUAUUUUUUGAUAAUCAAUUCAAUAAAUGGAUAAAAAAAAGAAGAAAUUGCAUAAUAAUCAACAUAGAAAUAUUCUCUAACAUAAAACUUUUCAGUUGAUACGAAAUUAUUUUAAUGAUACUCAGGUUGAGAACUCCUGACUUAGAUGGUGAUGCCAGCAAAUGAAACUUCCAAGUCGUUGGUUUCGAUUCGACUCUUGAUGUGUGCCAAUGUAUUGUUGAAAUGUUUCUCGAUUUGUUUCGUCUCUUCUGAUUUCUCAAGGUUUGGCAGUUCCUCGUUGAUUUUUCCAAUAAGCUGAUUCAACAUUGAAAUCGUAAUUUGUGAAUUUCCUCGCUCGAAAUAAUACAAAUAACUGUUCAACAACUCAACAUAAAGUUGAACUUGUACAUUAACAUCCAAACAUUGUUGGACAAUUCUUGCUCCCUUCUUCAAACAUUCAAGUGUUCGUUUCUCAUCUCUCAUCUCUUCAUUAUCCUUCUUUCCACUCCAGAACAGACUCGCACAUGUCACAACACCACGACAUUGAUCAGCUUUCUUCAACAAUUUCGAUGCAGCAAGCGCACAAUUCGUUCGCAAUGGUUCAGCAUUUUCUUCGCUAAAACAAGUCAUUUGUUCAACAGUCGAGAUGAUCAAAGUGAUGGCUGCAAGUUGCGAUUUUGAAUCAGAAAUUUCAUCUUCAUAGAUGGAAAACGCUUGCGUCAUAAAAUCAUAAGCAACUGCUUCAUGAUUGCUGUAGCCAAUCUGGCCGAUACAAAGUGCACCUUGCAGGAAAAGUCUCAACGCCAAGUCAGGCAACUCAGCUUUAGCGAUUGAAGUGAUAGUCGAAUGGCAAAAUUGAAUAAUCUUUUGACAUUUCUUAUCCCAAUUCUCGUCAUCGUUUGACGCUGCUUUAUACAUGUAAGCAAGUUGAAAAGCUUGAAAGACAAGCGAAGGCAGAACAUGUUUGAUUCGUUGCGAACCACCAGCAGCAAAAUGUUUUCUUGCUGAUUGCAAAAUCUUAUAUUGCAUGUCAAGAUGAUCAGAUUUCAGCAGAUGAAUGAAACGUCCAACAACGCCUUGCUCUUCUGCAAAGUCAUCGGGAUCUAAAGCCUCUUCCGGUUGAUCUUCUUGAUUUUUAAUCAACGGCGAAAGCAUUUCCAAGACACUGUCGCAUUGCUCAUCAGUUGGAAUAAAAGUUUCAUUAUCUAAAAUGUUCAUGACGAGAUACAAUGACAAACUCUUUCGUGAUUUGUAAUCAAACCGUUGGAAAAGCUUCGGAAAGCAUUUCAAUUCGAGAAUUGUCAAAACGUUGUUGUAAAAAUCAAUGCAAACACGUAACAACUUUGAUAACUCAACAUUAACUGGCAAAUUAUGAGCGAUGUUAUUCAUGUUAAGAUUCUCGAGGAUUUGUGUUGUCGUUUCCAGCACUUUGUCGACGUAAUCAAUCUUAUCAGGAUAAACUUUCUGUGCAAGAUUAACUAACGCUGCUUGUAAUGAAAUUGUGUCUUCAAGUGGCAUGUCAGUUCGAAUUUGAACAAUAUUCGCGACUUGCACACUAAACACAUUAAACAAUUCAAUCUCAGAGAGAAUUUCGGCACUUUCAUCUUGAAUUGAUUUCUCAUUGCGUUGAUGAAAAAGAGCAAGACGAUCAAUUAAACCGAUGAUGAUUGUCUUGACAUCGACGCCAGGUUGAAGUUGAGCACAAGAUUUCAAGAAUGGAUCCAAUGUUUGAAGAUGAAACUCGUCGGGAAAGACUUGAAUGAUGCAUUCCAUUAAAUAUUCUUGUGCAAUUGCGUCACGACAACUCACGACUUGCUCGAGAAUACUCGGCAAGAUGAUCUUCUGAUAGAUUUCCAAGGAAACAGAUUCGAGUUGUGAUAAUCGCACUAAAUUUGUACCGACAAGAAUCUUCAGUUCUUCUCUUUCUUUCUCCCGUCGUCCUUUCUCACUUGAAUGUCCUUGAUGUUGCAUUCGAACCCAAAGUUUGUUCAUCUCAGCGAAAUUUGUCAAGAUGAAGUCAAUGGAGUCGUGGACAUUUCCACAAUCAUCGGUGUCUCUUCCAACUGGGACAUCGGGGAGAAUGUUACGCAAGGUCAGCAAAUAAUUCCUCAAGAAAAGUCCACGUAGUGGAUUUUGAACACCGCGACACAUUUCAACUAAAUCUUUGAGAAUACUUUUCUUUGUUGCUGGAUUUGAUUUGAUGUAAACGAGACCGACAGUGAUGAGGAGAUAAAGACGGGGAACGAUAUUGCCAGCAUAUUGCACCAAUUCGUAAAGAUCGGUGACUUUGUGGCCUUUCUGGAACUCAUCGAGAAGAUGAAUUUCGAGGAAUCUCAACUCAUCUGUCACUGCCAUGUAGAGUUCGUAAUAGCUUUUUGGUGAUAAUAAACUUGUUCUAAGUUCACCCAACAUUGUACUAGCACAUUUUAAGCCAUCCAUCAAACGACUCUUAUCAAGAUUCCGCUUCAUGAGAAUUGCUUGAUUGCGAACAAUUCCAAGAGCAUCCGAGAGGAGUUUAUCCUGCUCAUCUAAUUGAGUUGGUGAUUGAGCCAUUAUUUCUUUUCCGGACUUUAAAUUAAUGUGU